AUCAGUCUAUGACUUUUUAAAAAAUCAAUAGCAUCUGCUGAUGUGAUUCCAGGUGGCACUUCACCAACUCAGGAGACCUUGAAAGCAUUGAUUUAUGGCACUGGUUUAUCCUUUGUCACUAAUCCAUGCUUCAAAAGAGGUGGCACACCUGAUAUUCUCUUCAUUGAGGCCAUACAAGUUGAAUGUUCCAGAAGCAUCAAGAGAUAGGUGCUUGGGUACUGCAGUUGAGGUUGCUCUGACUAUUAUUCAAGGGCCAUCUGCAGACAUGUCUCCAGGUAUAGUUAAAGGCCAGGAGGUAUUAGCAGAAUCAUUGUGUGUGCUGGUGGACCGAAUACUUAUGGCCCUUGAUCCGUCCUUCAUUCUUAUACUCUUCCUAAUUAUCCUCAUAAGGAAAAGACAGCAAUGAAAUGGAUGGAGCAUCUUGGUUGAGAGGCUCAUCAACAUAACACAGUGGUGGACAUUCUCUGUGCUGGAACUUGCCCUGUACGGGUUCCUGUGCUGCAGCCUCUUACAAAAGCUUCAAGGGGUGUUUUGUUCUUCAUGAUGACUUUGGUGAAGCCUUUGGUGUGAACUUGCAGAAGGCAUCUGCAAGGGUAGCUGGUUCGCAUGGUUUGUUGGAGAUACGCUGUUCUGAUGAUAUUCUUGUUACUCAGGUCGUGGGUCCUGGUGAAGAGGCACAUAUUGACACCCAUGAAACCUUUUAAAAUUAUAUUUCUCUUUAUAUUCAAAUGCUGAGUGUUGAAAAAACACAAUGCUUCUCGAUAUUGAUGGAGCAUAAACAUGACAUCAAGAGUGAUUUUGUAAUUUUCCAGUUUGCCAUUCAAUACUUAAAUGUUUAUCAAGUUGAUAUAGUUAGAGUGAUUACUAUCAGAUUGCCAACUGUGGAUAGUGUUUCAGCCUAUCUUCAAAGUGUUCAAGAUGAGGUGGCUACAGUCCUAGUUGCCAAGAGGACUCUUUUGCGAGCAAAUAGUUAUUAUGAAGCAAUUGAUAUGCAAACAACAUUAGAUGAAGGAGUUAAAGACAUUGGUUUAAAGUUUGGGUCCCAAAUGCCAAAUUCAAAGCAAUAUCGGUUCCCAAAGGAAAUCUCUUUACUACCAAAGCUUCUAUUCCAUCUUAGGAGGCGCCCACUGUUGGGAAGUAUAGUUGGUCACGAGGAUGGGAAGUCUGUACUUUGGAAUUUGUUUUUGAAUGCAUCCUUUGAUCUUUCACUUCGCAUGGUGGCCCCUUGCUGUCUGAUGCACCGGGAAGGAGGCACUUUUGAAGAAUUGCCUGCUUAUGAUCUUGCCAUGCAGUCUGAUACUGCUGUUGUUCUAGACCAUGGGAAUAAUAUUGAACAUCUUCCUGUCAACUGCUGGCUUCAGGGUGCUGAACUUGCAGCUGAUGAAGGACGAAAUGCAGCAGCUUUGGCAGCUUGUAGAACAUUGGCAGAAGAGCUCACAGAGUUACAAUUUCCAGCACCUCGGAUCCUUGCUUUCAAGGAGGGGAGCUCUGAGUCUCGAUAUUUUGUUUCUCGGCUGAUACCAGCACACAAGGAUCCUCCUUACAAACAGGAGGCAAAUUUCCACAGCUCCAAACACUUGACAACAGAACAGUGGACAAAACUGAAAAGCAGUUUUGUUCAUUUUGAUGAUCCCAGCUUCUGUGAAUGGAUUCGGAAUUUGAAAGUAGUGCCACCAGAAAAAAGAAGAAGUUGCAGGCGCUGGGAUUUGAACAUAGACCUGCUGGGUGUGAUUGAAGUUGAUGAUAUGGCUGGAGUGGAGCAGAGGCAGAACAAGUCUGGAGGUGGUAAGUAUUUUUUUUGCUCAGGAGGGAAAAAGAAGGAAGUGAAGAAGGAGACUGGUUUGGGUCUCUCCUUUACCAAGGAUGAGAAUUUCGGGGAGUGGUACUCUGAGGUUGUUGUCAAUGGUGAAAUGAUUGAGUACUAUGACAUUUCUGGCUGUUAUAUUCUGAGGCCAUGGGCAAUUUCAAUUUGGGAGAUCAUGCAAACAUUCUUUGAUGCUGAAAUCAAGAAAAUGAAAGUCAAGAACUGCUAUUUCCCUCUCUUUGUAUCUCCAGGCGUUUUGCAAAAGGAGAAGGAUCAUAUUGAGGGUUUUGCUCCAGAGGUUGCUUGGGUGACCAAAUCUGGGGAGUCUGAGUUAGAGGUGCCAAUUGCAAUCCGCCCAACUAGUGAGACAGUUAUGUAUCCCUAUUAUUCUAAGUGGAUUAGAGGACACCGUGACUUGCCUUUGAAACUUAACCAGUGGUGCAAUGUCGUUCGAUGGGAAUUUAGCAAUCCCACACCAUUUAUCAGGAGUCGUGAAUUUCUAUGGCAGGAAGGGCAUACUGCCUUUGCAACAAAGGAAGAGGCAGACACAGAGGUUCUUCAAAUAUUGGAACUGUACCGAUGUAUAUAUGAAGAAUUCUUGGCUAUUCCUGUUACAAAAGGCAGGAAGAGUGAACUAGAGACGUUUGCUGGUGGACUUUACACAACUAGUGUCGAGGCAUUUAUUCCAAACACUGGGCGUGGUAUUCAAGGUGCAACCUCCCAUUGUCUGGGCCAAAACUUUGCAAAAAUGUUUGAGAUAAACUUUGAAAAUGAAAAGGGAGAGAAGGGUAUGGUCUGGCAGAAUUCCUGGGCGUAUAGUACUCGAACGAUUGGGGUAAUGGUUAUGGUUCAUGGGGAUGACAAAGGUUUAGUGCUGCCUCCAAAAGUAGCAGCUUUGCAACUUAUUGUGAUUCCUGUGCCUUACAAAGAUGCAGAUACUCAAGGUAUUUUUGAUGCUUGUGUUGCCACUGUGGCAACCCUCUCAGAUGCUGGCAUUCGUGCUGAAGCUGAUCUUAGAGAUAACUACUCACCUGGUUGGAAGUAUUCAAACUGGGAAAUGAAAGGUGUUCCCCUAAGGAUUGAAAUAGGACCUAGAGACUUAGCAAAUAAUCAGGUACGUGCAGUUCGCCGUGACAAUGGAGCAAAAACUGAUAUCUCAAGAGUCUUUUUGGUUGAACAAGUAAAAGGAAUGUUGGAUAAGAUUCAACAGAACCUGUUUGACGUUGCAAAACAAAAACGAGAUGCCUGUGUUGAAGUUUUAAAAACUUGGGAAGAGUUUGUAACAGCUCUUGGGCAAAAGAAACUGAUCUUAGCUCCUUGGUGUGAUGAGGAGGAUGUGGAGAAAGACGUGAAAGCACGAACGAAGGGUGAUAUGGGAGCAGCUAAGUCUCUUUGUACCCCGUUUGAACAGCCUGAACUCCCAGAAGGUACUAAAUGCUUUGCCUCUGGGAAGCCUGCAAAGAAAUGGACCUAUUGGGGUAGAAGUUACUAAGAUUAUUCUCUUUUUAUGACCAUCUCCUUCACAUUGUCCUCUGUCUGAUGUCAGCUGUGCUGGUGUGUGGACCAUUCUUAACAGGAUAAUUUUCAAUUUGAAAUUGUUAUAUGAAACUGAUGAGAGUACUUGGUUUUAUUAUCAUAUAGUUAAGAGUUCACUUCGAUGCAUGGUGGGAGAACUCCCACCGCGCCGCGCAUGUCAUUUUAUUCAUUGGACCCUUGGAGGUUAAGUCAUAAAAAUGCAAUUACGGCGCGGUGAAAGUCUCUCUCACUAUGUUACCAAAGGGACAUUAAAACUUGUGGGAAUUUUUUUUUUUUAAUUUUCGCCAAGGGUGUAUUGUAGAACUUUUGCUUUGCUACAAUUGAUUUACUGCUCUAUUUGUGAUAUUACAAUAUUAGAAUAUGGUGAUGGUACUUGAAGGUUAUAAGUUUCUUGUUUGGAUUCAU